GUGUUAACAACAAGUCUCGAUAAUCCAGACGAACAUAAACACGUGGAUGCUUUUUGUCUUGUCUUAUGAGUUCGAUAACUUGCCAAAAGGAAAACGUUUAUAAAUAUAUAAUUUAUGAUAUCACCAGAACUUUGGACCGUGGAUUUGUGACCAUAAUUCCCAAGAAUACUUUGGUUUAAAUAUUUGAUAGUGAUGGAAAAUACCGGUGAUAAGGAACAUCCAAGAAAUUUAAUUCCAGAAUUAUGUCGUUCAUUUUAUGAUCUUGGUUGGGUAACAGGAACAGGAGGAGGGAUCAGUAUCAAAAAUAAUGAUGGAAUUUACAUAGCUCCUUCUGGUGUACAGAAAGAAAGAAUACAGCCAGAUGACCUUUUUGUUCAAACUAUGGAAGAAGAGGAUAUAUGUACUCCACCUCCAGCUAAAAAGUUAAAGAAGAGCCAGUGUACACCAUUGUUUAUGAAUGCUUAUACAAUGAGAAAUGCUGGAGCCGUUAUUCACACACAUUCCAAAGCUGCUGUAAUGGCAACCUUAUUAUACCCUGGUAAAGAAUUUAAAAUAACUCAUAUGGAAAUGAUAAAAGGAAUACGUAAAGAUACAUCUGGUGGUAAUUUACGAUAUGAUGAGAUGCUUGUUGUUCCAAUAAUAGAAAACACACCAGAAGAAAAAGAUUUAAAAAAAGCUAUGGCUGCAGCUAUGGAAGAUUAUCCAGAAACCUGUGCUAUUUUAGUCCGUAGACAUGGUGUCUAUGUUUGGGGUGAGACAUGGCAGAAAGCUAAAACUAUGUGUGAGUGCUAUGAUUAUUUGUUUGAUAUUGCUGUUCAGAUGAAACAAAGUAAUCUAGAUCCAACCAAAAUUCCCAAACCUGAGCCAGGGGCUUAUACAUCAAACUUAUCUUAAGUUCUAGACUAUACACACAUACUUACAUGCCAAAGACAUUGUCUUCUUAAAAUAGUAGCUUUGGUGGUUAAAGAUUAAUUGGUGUUGUUAUAUGCAUUUACCCAUGUAUGUGUUAAAAUGGGAUUAUAAAAAAUAUGUGUUUCAAAGGAAAAAGUAAAUAAAGAAGAUAUAAAAAGUA